GCCUAAUUUUUUACUUCAUAUUGAUAUGGACGCCUGUCGUCGUCAAUGCUAUGUUGGGCAGUGAGCUCAUCUGCAGUGCCUCGCUGAGACUGACUUGACUGAAAUAUUAUGCAAGUCAUAAUGAUGAUUCGGAUACAUGCGAUGUAUGGACGAUCCAAAAAGAUGCUCGUCUUUCUCGUUAUAGUCUUACUGGCUUCCACAAUCUCUUCCAUCUGUUUUACAGCAAUCACAGGUAACUUUGUCUCAGUGGAUGAUUUUUCUGGCUAUUAUAUGUGUUAUCCCACAUAUUUUGAUGAAGGGCAGCCGAUGAAUAUGCAAGUUGAGAGUGUUCGUUUGAUGUCCACCGCUAUAUGGGAGAUCCUCGCCUUCGUUCUUGCAGUCCGGAUUGUCAUAAAACACUUUCGAGAGCUGCGAUAUUCGCCGACAGGACCGACCAUUGGUGACUGUUUUAUGGUAUUAACCAAAAGUCAUACAUUUUACUUUGUUGGAUUUCUCGUUGUACUUUGCUUCAGCCUAACCUCACUGUUUACAUAUUUACCAUGGACUGAAUCUGGGCAAAACUAUUCCGGUGUUUUCCAAAUUGCCCAGGAGUUGCAGAUGUUUGUGCUGGGACCGCGACUAAUCCUCAGCAUUCGCGAAUAUCACGCCGAGCUCGUGGCCAGGUCUGACGAGGGAACGGGCAUGACGACCAUUCAUUUCCAGGCUGGCGGGGAUGCGUCAACUGGUGGAGAUGUUUAGCACCGCGAUCCAAAUGGUUAUUUCGAGUCAUGUUGUGGUAUUUAUUUGGUGAUUUGAAGGAUUGAAUUAGGUUUGGGAAAACUACUACCAGCCAUUUUUUAUCCUUGUUUAUCGUGGAUACGUUGGGACGGGACCCCAUAAGUAUUGGACAUUACCUCUAGGUGCUGUAUUUAUGUAUGGCUGGUUCUUUAUGUAUCGUUUACUCUGGACAAUGGCACGAGAACGGUCAAGGCCUUUUG